AUGUCCAGUGGAGAUAAGUCCAAGACUUCUUCCCAGACCGAUGGGAAGGCUGCUCAGGGCAAGAAGUCUGAGAUGGGAAUGAUGUCCUACAAGAUGUACGUGUUCGACCAGGAGAACUUCCAGGGUCGCAUGAUUGAGAUCAGCAACGAGUGCAUGAAUGUGUGUGAGAUGGGCAUGGACCGCGUGCGCUCCCUGCGCGUCGAGUGCGGACCCUUCGUGGGCUUUGAGCAGAUGAACUUCUGUGGUGAGAUGUACAUCCUGGAGAAGGGAGAGUACCCUCGCUGGGACUCCUGGAGCAACUGCCAGAAGAACGACUACCUGCUGUCUUUCAGGCCUGUCAAAAUGGACCCCGAGAAGCACAAGAUCUGCCUGUACGAGGUCGGAGAGUUCAAGGGCCGCAAGAUGGAGAUCAUGGACGAUGACGUUCCCAGCCUGUUCUCCUAUGGCUUCACCGACAGAGUGGGCAGCAUCAUCGUCAGCUGUGGAACCUGGGUGGGAUACCAGUUCCCUGGAUACCGUGGCAGCCAGUACCUGCUGGAGAAGGGCGACUUCAGGCACUUCAACGAGUACGGCGCCCGCCAUCCUCAGUUCCAGUCCGUGAGGCGUAUCCGUGACAUGCAGUGGCACCAACAGGGCUGCUACACCAUGGCCAGCAAGUGA